AUGGCAACGGUCCUUUUGGAGUUUGUGGCGGCCUUUGCAGCCACAAAAGGUAACGGCUAUAAGCGUUUGUGGCGGCCUGGGCGGCCACAAAUGGCAACGUCACUUUGGGAUUUUGUGGUGGCCUGGGCGGCCACAAAUGGCAAUGUCACUUUGGGAUUUUGUGGCGGCCUUUGCAGCCACAAAAGAAUGGGGCGUGCAAAAGUAGCGAUAAAAUACAUCAAUAAUGAAAAAGUUCGCAAAAUAACUUUUAUGAAUAGAAAAAAAGGAUUAACAAAUAAAGUUUCUGAUUUUUCUACUAAAUCUGGAGCCAAAGCUUGCUUGAUUAUGUAUGAUGGUGAUGGUAAUGUUGCGCCAACAAUAUGGCCAGAAAACCCUACACUGGUAAACUCAAUGCUACAAGAAUAUGAGAAUCAAAAGAUUGAAGCAUCUCCUAAGAUUUUUGAUAUAAAAAAUUACUUCAAAAUUAAGAAGGAAAUAGUUGAAGCUGAAAUUUUAAAAGUGAAAAAAGCUAUAUUAAGGAACAAGUUUCCAACUUGGGAUCCAUCUUUCAAUAACAUGCAAGUGGAGCAUCUUACGGCUUUCAUGGAAGCUAUAAAUGCUAAGGUUCAAGAUUGUAAUGAAAGAAUAAACAUGAUGAAAAAUAUCCAAGAAAUUGAAACUAAUUUCUUGCAUAAUACGUCUCACAUGCAAAAUAUGGUUCCAGAGAGUCUUGACUCCUCAAAUUCAAGUCAAAUCAAUGUCAUUCAAAGCAUCCCUCAAAUGGAACAAUACAUCCAUGACCCUAUGGAAUUACCACUAGAUGAUGUUUAUGAGAUGGUGAAUUUCACUAAUCAUGUUGAUUUGCCUCCAAAUUCAUCAACAAACCAACUUUGUCAACUUGUAGAGUGUGAUAAUUUAGAGGUUAAGCCUAUUAAUGUUUGUCAACUUGUGGAGUGUGAUGAUUUAGAGGUUAAGCCUAUCAAUGAACGAGGCAAUCAAUUUGCUGAUGUUGAUGAUUGGACCAAUCAACUUGACGAUGAUAUUUGGAAUUGGAUUCGUCAACCUGAUCAGUUUUCUUGGAAUGAUAUUUCCUUUUUACCUCCAAGCGAGCAUGAAAGUGCAAUGGGCUCACGAGGAAGAGACGACAAAAUCAUACGAGUUACAUGUGACGCUGACACUUUUACAUCAUCCAUGAUGAAUCCUCCAAAGAUGAUUCAACCGACAACUUCAAGGAAAAAAAGACGGAUGAUAAUUGAAGACGAUGAUAAGGGAGAGUAG